AUGGCAGCAUACGCAGAGAAAGAUCCCUUCGCUUGGCCCUUCCAAGAAAUCCAGCCCGAGCAAAUCAACGUCCACUCGAAGAACUACUCCACGUUCGUCGACUUUUUGCUGUCGAAAAUCCAAGAAAGCAAGCAGCCCGUCUUGAUCUCCUCGUCCAUGAACGUCCUGUCUCCGGAAAUCUCCCUGGACGACUCCAGCCUGAUCGAGAACGGUUACAGAAGUCACCAGGACGAUUACACCGGGGAGUAUUCCAAAAGCGAGACUACCUCCUUGUUCAACAUCGAGCAAUCUACGGAGGUCACUGACACAGCCUUCUACUACUCGGACAAGAUGGUCGAUAAUUUGAUGACUGCGAAGCAGAAAGUUUUCACCCAUGCAGAGCCGUGUCUCGACACCAUAACUACCACCAUCAGGACGACUUUGACCGAAUAUAUCCAGGAUCCAUUCGCGUGGCCUUGCAAAUCCGUCAAACCGCAGGAUUUCCACAUCAACCCGGCGCCCAAUUUCAAAAGACCCGACCACGAAACCACCACCGAAUUCUCCAAUUUCAUCGGCACCAUACGCACCAAGCCGGGCUACUUCGUGGCCGAAAUAUCCAAACGAAUGACCGAAACCCUGUCCAACAGCACCCGAUCGUCGCAGGCCACCGACCAACCCAUCACCUCGUACCUGGGCCAGUCGCUCGACAACCUCAUGAUGGCCCAAAAUACAACGACCAACUCGACCUCCACGCUAUCCACCACCAUCACCUCCGCCUGGACCGAAGGCGUGAGCAGCUCCAACGUCUCUCUGCACUGGUCCUCGCUGGUCUCCGCGCAAAUCCGGCCGCCCAUCGCCGAUUGGAAGAACACCACGCCGGUCACCACCGCCCGCGCCAACCUCACCACGCUGAUAUCUCUGUUCAAAUUCGAGCACGACAACGACAACGUCACCACCGCCAGAAACAACGACACCAUCGUGUCGGAGAUGCCUUCGGUGUUCCGGAACUUCAACAGGAAGUUCAUGGAGGCCGUCGAAGAAACCACCGUCGAUAGGGGCGUCGGGAGUAACAGCACCGCGACGCCGAACGAUAAACCGACGACGUUGUUCGAGAUCAAUUACGACGAGGUCACGACGAUGGGGUGGAACGAGGACGGGAACGGUACAGUGAGAUACGUCCAGGAUGUGAUCGGUGCGAGGACCAACGAGGAGGUUUUGGUGUACGCCAUGGAGGAAUCGCAGGGUAAGGAUUGCUACUUCUACAUCCUGCUGAUCGUCGUGUUGGUUUUGUUGCUGGUCAUUGCCGGGGUGUUUCUGUUCUACAGGAUGGUCAAACGCAAUAGGGGCUACGGGUACAAGGUGUCGCAAAUGAAGGGGUACCGUAACUCCGAGAACGAUAAUGAUGUUAUUAUUGUUUAG